AUGGCAAAGGAGGACCUGCUUCUCUUGGAUUUCUGGGCUAGCCCAUUUUGCAUGAGGGUGAAGGUAGCAUUGGCUGAGAAGGGUGUGGACUACGAAUCAAAACAGGAGGAGAACUUGUUAGGUGGGAAGAGUGAGUUGCUGCUCAAAUCAAACCCUAUUUACCAGAAGGUGCCUGUGCUCUUAGACAAUGGAAAGCCACUGUCUGAGUCCACUAUCAUUGUUAGCUACAUUGAUGAGAAAUGGCCUUCACCUCCAUUGCUCCCAGCUUGUGCAUAUGGUCGAUCCCAAGCUCGUUUCUGGGCUGAUUACAUCGACAAGAAGCUAUUUGAUGCAACCUGCAGUAUCUGGAGGAGCACAGGAGCGGCUGUGGAGGCAUCCAAGAAAGAGUUCAUUGAAGUUUUGAAGGUUUUAGAGGAAGCCCUUGGGGAGAAAGAUUUCUUUGGUGGUGAGACCUUUGGAUUUGCCGAUAUCAUGGCAAUUCCGAUCACCAGUUGGUUUUAUGCCAGUGAGAAGUUUGGAAAUUUCACAGUUGAGGCCGAGUGUCCCAAACUAUCAGCUUGGAUUAAGAGGAGCAUGCAGAGGGAGAGUGUGGCCAAAGUUCUUCCGGACCCAGAAAAGGUCUAUGAAUUUGUGGUCAUGUUCAGAAAGAUGCUUGGCAUUGAGUAG